AUUGGUCGAAAGCCGUGUCCUCGCCUCCAUCAUUGAUUUUCCCGUGGGGUUGGUGCACAUGCGUCUCACGUUCUGUCGUUUCUCAGAAGCUGAUUAAUUUGUUGUCAAAGUGAAUUUUAUUAUUUUAAAAAGUUUGCCAAAUAUUUCCAAACAAAGAUAAGUCCAUAAAAAUGAACUGGACUCAAUGGCAUCCAGAGGAGAGCAUCUUAAAUUCCGUAAAAGAGGUUUUACAAGAGGCUCUUAUCCCGGACAGCGAAGUGCAGAAGAAUGUCCAAGAAAAAAUCGCCAUUAUUCAAAAUAUGCCAGAUUUUAUGUUCUAUCUUCUGUUUAUACUAGGGAAUCCAAAUUAUCCAGAAGACGUUCGAUCUUUAAGUGGCAUUUUAUUGAAAAACAAUCUGCUUUCAACGUAUCCAUCCCUGUCACAAGAAAGUGUCAGCAAACUCAAGCAGGACUGCCAAACAUUAAUCGUAGACCCUUCCAGGGAGGUUCGGUUAAGCAUAUCAAAUGUUAUAGUGAUAAUUGCCAGAGAACACUUAAAGAACUGGCCAGAAUUAAUCCCAUUUCUUUUAAAAACAUUUACAUCUCAAAAUCAAUUUAGUGAAACUGCCUUGACGACUUUAUUUAAAAUAUGCGAGGAUCUUAUUAAUAACCAAAAAAGCCAGGAGGAAAUCUACCGAAUCACCAAAGAGGUAUUUCCAAUAUUUGUUGAUUAUUUAUUAAAAGAGGACUGUACCAUGACCCAAGAAAUUGUGAGGCUCACAAACCAAUUCCUACAGGAUUAUUUCCAAAUUAUGAAGCAAAGCCUCGACUUAGGUAGCUAUUUAAAUAACAUCAUACGUCUGGCCAAUACAGAAGAUGUCGAAUUGCAAAAAUAUGUCUGUCACACUUUUGUUAUUUAUGUUGAAAAACAAGAGGAAUCCUUGCUGCCCCACUUGCAUGAUGUCAUCAUGUAUUUGCUGAACAAGAACCAACACGAGGACCAUGACAUUUCUUUGCAAGCCUGUGAGUUUUGGUUGGCCUGCACAAAACUGCCUUCUUGCAAAGAAAUUUUAACACCAUACAUUGAUAAACUAUUACCAUUACUGCUUAAAAACAUGAGAUAUUCACAAGCUGAGUUGCAUAUAAUUAAGGAUAGCGUAGGGGCUGAUGCCAACAGUGCUGAUUUAGCUAAGGAUAUUUCACCUUUUCACAUGAGGGAUGGUAAAAUGAACCAGAAUGAUGAUGAAUGUUUUAGUGAUGGGGAAGAGAAUGCUCAGGGGGAUGAUUUUGAUGACUUCUACAUGGGGUGGACUCUAAGGAAAUGUAGUGCAGCCUCCCUGGAUUCUUUAGCUGUUAAGUUUGGUGAUGACCUCUUGACUAUUGCGGUGCCAUUUAUCAGUGAAAUGCUAAACAGCUCAGACUAUUUGGUGAAAGAAAGUGCUAUUUUAGCCCUGGGAGCUAUAGCAGAGGGCUGCAUGAAUGGUCUCAAACCGCAGCUGCCCGAACUCAUCAAUUUCCUUCAGUCUUCCAUGACAGAUACCCAUUGUGUUGUUAGAGUGAUCACUUGUUGGACCUUAAGCCGCUACGUCCCAUGGAUUAUUAACGUAAAACCUGACUCACCUCACAUGUAUUUUGUUCCUGUUAUGCUUCUGCUAUUGAAGCACUUUGUUGAUGAAAAUAAACGUGUGCAGAGGGCCGCGAUAUCGGCCUUCUGUAUAUUUCAAGAGGAGGCUCAGUUAAAGUUGGUGCCAUACAUAAAUGUUAUCCUCGAAGGGUUUUUGAUGGGCUUCCAAAGGUUUCAGUGCAGGAGCUUGUAUUUGCUUUAUGACGCUCUAGGAGCUUUGGCUCAGGCUGUAGGGAAUCACUUGAGCGAUCAGGAUUAUGUGAGCAAACUGCUUCCUCCACUGAUGAGGAAGUUUACUGAAAGCGAUAACUAUUAUGACGAUCAUUUUAUUGCGGUUUUAGAGUGUUUAUCUAACGUGAUUCCCGCUUUGGAAGUGUCGUUUUUGCCUUAUGCUGAAAUAGUUUAUUGCCACUGUUUGCAUUUGAUUACUGACACGCUGAUUUCUUGCAUAAAUUACCAGGAGCACCCGAACGAGUUUGACCCUCCCGACAAAGAGCCUAUGAGUGUCGCACACGACGUUUUAUACAGUAUGGCUCUAGGCCUAAAGAGCCAUUUUGUCAAAUUCGUCACUAAUAGUAACUUAUUAUUUCUUUUAUUCAAAACUAUCCAGGAUAGUUCUAAUUUAAUUAGGCAAACUGCGGUGGCGCUUUAUGGGGAGCUGGUGAGCCUCUGCUAUCCAUUUUUAUCGUCGAACAUCAACGACUACAUACCGAUGAUCAUUAAAAACUUGGACGAGCAUAACGAUGGGGUGUGUAAUAACGCCGCAUGGGUUAUUGGGAAAUUAUGUUCGGUCAUGGGGUCGGCUAUUCAACCCUACGUCCCAGAUAUUGUCCAUCAUUUCGUUCAUAUUUUAAGAGAUCCCGCGAUGGCGAGAACUAUGCAUCAAACCGUUGCAGUGGCAUUAUGCACCGUGUUCUUCGUAUGCCCAGAGGUUAAUAUUCCCGAUCUGGAUGUAGUGAUUAAGAAUUGCUGCUUAUUAAUAAGGAACGUCCGCGAUUCAGAUGAGAAAGAUUUGGCUUUCAGGGGUUUAUGCGAGAUCGUCGUGAGACACCCGGAAUUCAACAAACACUAUUUCAUUUUCUUCUGUGAUGCCGCCGCCUCCUGGUUUAAUAUCCGUACAGACUUAAAAGAGAAUAUUAGAAAUGUCUUGAUGAAUUUUAAGCAGCAGUAUCGGGAAGAGAGUUGGCCGCAGUUUUAUAGUGAAUUUCCCGAUGCUCUUAAGGCACGUUUGUACGACUUAUAUGGGGUGUGAUGACUUUAAAAGUCAUAAUGGGGUUUUUUAAUUAAUAUAAUGGGUGGGAAGGCUUGGGUGCACCUACCUUGAGUUUUAGACUAAAUAAAGAGCGGGAGGGAACUUAAAACGUAAUAGUUACUUAGACACGCGAAUUUAUUAAAUGACUGGAGCCCCUUUUUUUUGUUAAGGAUGCUUAGGGUAAUCAUUUGUUUGUUUUACAUAAUGUCCAGAUGCAUAAAAAUAUUGAGAAGGUGGUUCGGGUCUUAAUGUAUACUCGAGCCCUCUUAUAGGUAAUACUUUUUACGCCAGUGGACGUGAACUUCAACUUUUAGCAUAUUGGUCUCAUGAAAAUAAAAUGGGGUUAUAUUUUUGUAUAAUAUAAAAACUUAUAGAAUAAAUUUAUAUUAAACAAAACAUAA